AUGCAUUGUGUGCACUGGGCAGUGGGCAGACUGAACGGUAGAGGACGAGCUGCAGCUGGAACAGUGCAACGCACCACCCGCCCACUCUCUCUUUUUCUCUUUCCCCAUCUCCUUCGCUUCUUCCCACCUCACACACCAACCAAGGUCGGUCCACGGUACCACCAGCGGUCUGGAGUCAGCACAUCUGCACGGCGGCAGCAAGACAAAUGGAUUAUCGAGGCUUCGGUCGAGCAUCUAGUGGAGGGUCAAACAUCCAGCUGCGGAUACGUACCUUCCAGCGUGGGAUUACCAGCCACGGACGACCCAAACGAGUCGCCGGCUGCUCACACUGUGAUGUGGCAGAGUGCCAGAGACAUUGCCCAAGGCCCCAAAGAUCCUCCACUCUCAUUGGGUACAUACACAUGGGAGGUGCUGUUGCACACUGCUGCAGGAGGCUGCAGCCCACCUGCCGUGGAAGCUACCACGCUUCUCACCUUCCAUCUCUCACACAGGGCACACCGCAACUGCCCACCUCACACACCAGAGCAGGGAAGGCAGCAUCUUGGUCCCGGCGCAGACGUUUACGCAGAUCUCAGCAGAGGUCUCUCGCCCCAUAUCGUCACUCGUCACUCUCUGCCCCUCCCCCUCCUUCACCCCAGCAUCAUCCGUCAGUGGCCAAACCAUGAACAGGCCAUGAUGGAAGCCCCAGACCUGUUUAUCGAUCCAUGCCUCUUCUCUUUCCAUUCUAGCACGUCUCGACUCUUGGCUUCAGUCAUUCAGCAACUCCCCGGUGCCAUCUUGCGACUGCCGGCCGAUGGACUGCUGCUGCUGCGGAGGCGCCAGAUCAAGAUUAAGCUUCCAGCUGCGGCGGUGGGCGCCAAACGCCUUCUAGACCAACUCUCGACUGGGACCAUACGUUCUACACCUUCUAUCCGUACGGCGAAAGCGUGGGAUUUGCUGUGGUACCCGACCUUGCACCAGCACUGCAUGAAGUGGACGGGCCUCCUGCGAGACCACGCCAGCAGCGCCCCUGGGCCAGACCCUGGAACAAAUGUGUCUCUCAAGUCCCUGGUCUCUGGCUCUCUGCUCCCCGGUUGUGGCACAAAUCGCAUUCCCCUCGCCUUGUCACCCCACGUCCCAGUCCGUCACCUCGACAGUCAGCCCGGUCAACCAGUCAGUCACCCAGUCAUCCGAUCAACCGUCAUCCCGUCCGCUCGCUCUCUUGCCUUUGGCAGCGCCACGACAGUCACAGCACCGGUACGGAUACAUGGCCAGGGCUCAUCUCAACAAUGUAACGGGCAUUUGUUCCGUUUGCCUACCGUUUCCAUGCCAGCCAAUCGUGCCGGUCACCUAAUGUCCCGCGCAAUGGAACUGAGGACUGCUAUUUUGGUCGCCCAGUCGGCUCUCUACGCUACGGAUACUGGUUGGAUGCUUGCACGCUGUGCAGAGAGGCCAGAGCCGGACGGUCCUGGGCUCAGGGUUCCUGGAUUCGCCCGUGCCUGGGAAGGCCGAGGACCCUUUCAGCAGACUGCAGCAGACACAACAAGUAAAGAAAAGCAACAUGGUGGUGUGGGGACUCUGCCAUUGAGUUCGACCUUCGCUGUCACACAGUUCCUGUUGACCCAUCCAAUCCACGCUCGAUGCUCUACACCUACCAACGCCGAAGCUCCUCUGGAAGGAAGGAUUCGAUGGCCGGUUGGACAACCUUCUUCUGUUGCUCUUGGUCUCCAGCCUCUGGACCAACCUUCCAGCCUCACCAGCUGUGCCAUCACCAAUCAGUCCCCCGCUGACUUCCAAACCCUACCAUAA